AUGCUGAUAGGGGCUCAGAUCUCAUCCACUGCGACCAGCACGGGCGCAAUGACCGGCUCGACCAACCUUCGACGCCAACGUCCAUUUCAGUCAGCUAAGGCAGCGGCUCACGUCAGCAGUAAGCAAGACUCAUCGGCAAUGGUGCUGGAUCCUUUGAGGAGUCCAGGAGACGUACCCCAGACACCGCCGCGAUCAACGCAUUGGUACGUAAGCAGCCAACCAUGGGUCCAAGCCGUCCACAUCGCCUCCUUGAAGAAGUCGUGUAAGUUUGCUCGUCUCAGAGCUUUGGUACUCCAUCAACUGACAUGCACAAUCUUGCACAGCUCCUCCCGCAGUGAAAGCGGAAGCGCCAUCCAGCGACCUCUCGUACGUCUCGCCAUCUCUCAGUGAUAUUCUUGGAGGCCAGGCCAAUGGCUCAUGUAGCACCAUCAGCGAUUGGGAAUCGGGCUGCCCGCCUGCAACACGAAGUCGCGCUCUUCAUCUUGCCAGAAGGGUAUGUGGUACUGGUCGCUCGCGGUGACCAUCUCGUCCCAUGCUCACGUCGAUGGUGCUCAUCUUUGAUACCGCAGAUGUCUAGCUCGGAUGAUGGCUUUUCAGCUCGAGGCGGUAUCAGUCCAUCGGAGUGCACCCAUGAGGCUGUGGAAGCUUUCGCACGCAGGCGUAGGCUACCCACUCCGACCUUGUCGUUCUCACCGCGCACGGGCUCGCCGGACACGCCCUUGGUCACACCGACGUCUGGACCGAUCCCUGUCAGCGCGGAAUAUCUUCAAGUACAAGCGCCUGGCCGGAAGGGGAAAAAUGGCGGCGAAGAUUGUCCACCUCGACGUGCGAAGGAAGAUGACGAGCAGUCUUUCAUGGAUCUACGCUACUCGAUGCUGCAGCCACCCGUCAUGCUUCAACGCUGCCCCGCAUUCCUUGUUGGCACCCCCGACACUUUCGGCCUCAUCAUUGACGACCGCAGCAAGGAUCAAGCUUCGCGUCCCUCCAGCUGUUCUUCAUCGCGGAACGUUACGAUCCCUAGCACCUCAAAAUCGACGGACCACGAUGUCCCCCAGAGCGACACGUCAUCUGCGGACACCGCUGAGCAGUCCUUGGACAGCCCUCGAUUGAUGUCGCCAAUUACUCUACAGCAAUUACGCUCCUUUCGCUCUUCUACAACACUUCGUCACGGCAAACGCCCCAUCCACGAAGCUCGAGACGCAUCUCGACAUCCUUAUGCCACGCUCAGCGACAUGCAAGCAGCCCGCGAAGCUUCCAAGGCCUUGUCCGUCUGCUUGCAACAGCCACCAAAGACGACACCCGAGACCAGUGUGGCAUCCAUUCUCAAAUCUCAAGAGAGCGCAUUCGCAGCGGUGCACCAGUCUUGGCUCCCGCGUUUCUCCAAAGGGGAUGGUGACGACGGAGCUUCGAAGCCUGGCAGUCAAGAAUUCAACCGUCAUACCCGCACUAGGCGUGGCGGCGUUGCGCAGCGACCCCGCAUGAUGCCUCCAGUGCCACAAGUCCCACCCCAUUUGCACUACGACAAGCAUUUUACCAGGACCGGCGCCCUUCCAGCUGAACGUGCUAGCACCACGCUUCCAUACGAUUGCGCGCCAUCGACCAGCGACGCACAAGACAGCUCUUGGUACUGCAUCAACGCCUUACAACUCGAUCUUGACGACAGUGUCAAGGCCUUCGACGAUGGCAGCACUCCGCUGCCAGACGCACAGCCCCGCCACUUCUCCUCGUCUUGCGCUACCCCGAGACGCGAAGCCACCUCGGACUCGGAAGAGCUGGAGAUGCUCGAUUCUCCUGAAAACGCACUGCAGAAGCUUGAGCUGCAUGGCGCAAGCGCGAUGACCAGCGCGGUGGGACUUGGCCUCUCGAGUCCUGUUAGCGAGCACCGUAUCAACAAUCUCAAUGCCCUUUGCCAUGGUCGCGCAAAUCCGCCACUGGGUAGGCGAAGCUCGCUUGGAUCGGAAAACCCAAGACUUAUCAGAGCUGACUCUGCUUCGUCCAACAAGCAAGCUUCCUGGAUCGGAUGUCCAAUGUCAGCGCGGAUCCAAGCCUAUCUAGAUUUAUGGAAGGGUACGGAACACAGCGACGAGAUCCUGCAUCAAAGGAACGCCAAGAAUCUGCUGGCUUCUAGGCCAAAGACGCCAUACCACAAGUUCGCGCACGUUCCACGCGAUAGUCUUUCGCUCGCGGCGGAGCGCUUGAGUUCUAGAGCUCGUCGGGCGAGCAGCUCGAGCCUUGAAGCCUCAUCUUCAAACACGUCCGUUUCGGACAUCUCGCGCUUCUCUCCAAUCAGCCUCCUACGAAGUGGUGGCAAAAGCUGCUCUUCAGCUGUCUCGUCCGGCUCAGACUCUGGACGCACGUCGGCACUUCGUCGUUCCGCCGGCGUAAAGCCCCGCAAGCGGGUAUCCAGCUUGAACUGCUUGGAGGGUCACUCUGUUCGCGAAGCUCUCAAGGCUGGGCGCCAGAGCGCCAAAUAG